CUUUCUUCAAGAUCACUUCCAUCAUAGCCACUUGGUAUAUAGUGCUUGGUCUAGACUUAUCUGUAAAGUGCUGUCUUUGAUUUGGAUUUGUAUAUGAUUGUUGCUUCAAUUUUUUAUUUUUGGAAUUUUGACAUGGAAGGCAUGAUGCUUGUGGUUUGUAGGUUGUUGGGUACCUUAACAGCAAGCAGGAGGCACUGUUCAAAAGAAUGAUUUGGGAAGCAAUGAACAAGGACUAUGAUAAGAGAAAGAGUAGAAAACGAGCCAGAAUGGCCAAGAAAGCUGCUCCAGCUAAAUAGCCAGAAAAGGCUGUCAAAGUUUCUACUGUGAUGGAUACUAAGAAUAGGCUGAGUUCAAAAAUCAACUAUGAUGCUUUGGAUAAAUUAAAUGAAGAGCUUGGUUAUGCACCUGCAUUCGAAGAAGGCACAAAGUCUAAUUGUGGCAGUCAUGGUGAUAUGCAACUGUCAAAUGACAAGAACAGUUUUGAAAGCAGCCAUGAUGAUGAUUUUGAGCGUGAAAGUAAUGGAUAUAGUGAAGAGGCUGAAGCCAGACAAGGCCAUGAUGAUGAUGAUACAUAUGUUGCAAAUGACGAAUAUAAUGGAUGCAACUACGAUGACGAAUACAAUUACAAUGAGGAAUGUGAUUUUGAUGAAUUAUGACCCAAAUAGUCAAUUCUUUUUUCAUGAUUCAGUUGUAUCAUGUUACGAUCAAAAGUUAAGCAAUUAAAACUUCUGGUUUU